CAACCAUCUACGAUAUCCUAGGCACUGUACAAAGCUCUCCGACCACUUUUUAACGCUUCGCAUCUACCCGAGUCUUUGAACUCCACUUCAGGGUGUACUGAAGGGCCUAUACCUACCAUCCGCACUACCGGGCACCGAACGCCCCUCCGCAGGCUGGUCAUGGCCAAUACCGAUGAAGAGAUCGAGCUGCUCAAGGGCGAGAUCCAGAGACUCGGAGGGCCCAAUCCCGCAUACGAUGACAAGAUAACGGUGAAGUUCGGCAAGAUCGUCAGAGACGACCGAUGCUCCAACAUAUUCGAAGCCCUCGUGGGUACCCUGCGUGCGGCGAAGCGCAAGAAGGUCAUCACGUACAACACCGAGAUGUUGUUGCAGGGAGUACACGAUGACAUUGACAUUGUUCUUCUACAAUAAUGAUGAUUGAGUUGCAUUCAGCGGAACGAGGCUCAGGUCUCCCCGAGUGUGGACCGUUCCCAGGCGGUAACUUCUGGUAUAUGUAGUACUCACUGCGCCUUGAUACAGGCCCUUUCUCUAUCGCGGUGUAUAAUAAGACCAUCACAGC